CAGCAGUAGACUGGGGGGGCUGAUGUAGGUGGGGGUCAACCAUCCAACCACACCUUUAGCAAGACGUGCUUGUGUCAGACCACUAACAGAAGGGAAAAAUUAACUCUACAUUCACAAAGACAGAAUGGCGGGAGUGAACGGUGACCGUAAAGGAAAGAAGGAUGACAACGGAAUGGGCACGGCCGUUGACUUUUUGCUCUCUAAUGCCAAGCUUGUGCUUGGGGUCGGAGGAGCUGCCAUGCUUGGCAUUGCAACACUAGCAGUCAAAAGAAUGUAUGACCGUGCCAUAAGUGCUCCGACCAGCCCUACUAAGAUGGAACCAUUAGGGAAAAGGAGCUGGGAGGAGCCCAGCUGGAUGGGCUCGUCACAACGGGUACUUAACCAUGACAUGAAGUCAACAGUGAGCAGGUCACUGCAGACUCUACCCAUCACCUCCAACUCCUUUGAACCAGACUGCAUGCGGAGGGCGACGGGGCGGGGACGUAGCGUUGCAGGAGAGACCGACCUCCUCCGUGCCAGGAUGCGCCUCUCCUUACAGGAGAAACUGUGGGAAUUCUACCAGGAGCGGGUGACCAUUCCCGCUGAGGAGCAGGCCACAGCCCGCCGGGCCGCCCUGGACAUCUGCGCUGAGCUGAGGAUCUUCCUGCACGGCAAGCUGCCCGACAUGCCCCUCCGAGAGAUGUACCUCAGCGGCAGCCUCUACGAUGACCUGCAGGUGGUGACAGCGGAUCACGCUCAGCUCAUGGUCCCUCUGACCCUGGAGAAGAACCUGUGGUCGUCAGUGCCCGGUGAGGACACCAUUAUGAAUGUUCCGGGCUUCUGGCUGAUUCGCAGGGAGAACCUGGAAUACUUCCCCCGAGGCAGCAGCUACUGGGACCGCUGCAUGGUAGGAGGCUACCUCUCCCCCAAGUCUGUCUUGGAGGUGUUCGAGAAGCUGGUGGCGGGCUCCAUCAACUGGCCGGCCAUCGGCAGUGUUCUGGACUACGUGAUCCGGCCGGUGGUUCCCUCGGAGACGCUCACCCUGGAGGUCCAGUACAAGACGGACCGCCAUCUUUAUGUGGACUUCCUGCCUCUGCUGGUGAUGGACGACGGCGCCUCGCUGAUCGCCAAACCACACAGGCUGGCUGCUGAGCGCCACGAAAACCUUUGGCGGCAAAGCUUCCGCGUGGCGGAGACUGCGCGCCUGCGGGCGCUGGACCAGGAGGACGGGGGCUGCCGCUGCGUCUGCCUCAAGGUGACUAAAGCUGUGUGCAAGCUGAACCCCGCCCUGGCGUGCCUGUCGGCCAGUCAGCUCACCAGCGCCAUGCUGCUGCUGAGCGAGAAGGAGGGCGACUGGACCCAGGUGGCGCUGGCUGACCGCUUUCUGCAGUUGCUCCGCUCGCUCGUGGGACACCUAGAGGCUGGGAGGCUCCCCUGUGCCCUGAUCCCAAAGGUCAACCUGUUCUGUGAGCUGACGCCAGUGGAGGUGGAUGAGCUAGGAUAUACCCUCUACUGUUCUCUCUCUGACCCAGAGGGACUCCUAAGGACUCUUUAUUCUGACUGAGUCUGGUCAUGGGUUCUAGGGUUUAGGACAGAUGGUAUAUAAUUCUAAGGUUCCAUAGAUUCCAUACUGCAGAAGAGGAUAUGAUAGGUAAUUCAUAUGUGCUUCAGACAUGGACCAUGUCCCCUGUGACCACGUUGCUGUGUGAUUGAGUCAACAUCACGUGUCUGGAGUUGCUGUUUCAUCAAUCAAUAUGUUUCUCUUGUACUUUUUUUAUUUGUGUAAUUAUGUUUGUGAUUAAGUAGAAAUGCAAAAUCAACCACUUUGGUAGGAUAUGUUUAAAAACAUAUUUUUGACAUGCAAGCCAUAUCUGCUAAAUUCAAAUACCGGAUCAUCCAAAUACCAGUUAAACCUCAGAUGAUGAAACCAGUCUCUUCAUAAUGGUGCACGUAAGCCAUUUAUAAAUAGUACUGUACAGAGGGGUAUACUAAAAAGCAUGAUCAAGAAGUUAGCCAGCUAACUUGCCUAGAUAUCCUAAAAAUUACUUUUUUUAUGCAGAAAGAUCAUCUUCAAAUGGGCUUGGUCUAAAUUAAGCUUUCUUAAUGAACCAAAAUAAUCUAGUUAUUUCUGGUUGUUUAUCAAAGUUGAACCUGCUUCGUAGUAUAUCCCUUGGUUUAGGGCUCAGUGUUUGUUGAAUUGGGGAUUGCUUCAUUGGCUAAUAUUAUGUUACCGUAAUAUUAUGUAACCAAUUUGGAAUGAAUGAUGUCGGAAAAAUAUUAUAUUUAUUAAUUAUAAUUUAUGUGGGAAUGGAAAUUGGUCUAUUUGAAAGAUAUUUUGUUAGUUCCAUUCUCAGAUUGCUGGUCUUUCAAACUGAGAUUAUGAUGGGUAACAUUAGUCUAAUGCGAGUUAAUAUCAUGUCUUAACAGGGGCAUGAAAGAUCUUUCGGUCAAGUGAACAAGCCUCAAUAAUCGGCUCUAGCAUUAUUGGUCUCUACAUACAUUACCGGUCAAAAGUUUUAGAACACCUACUCAUUCAAGGGUUUCUCUUUAUUUUUACUAUUUUCUACAUUGUAGAAUAUUAGUUAAGUUCUCAAAACUAUGAAAUAACACACAUGGAAUCAUGUAGUAGCAAAAAAUUGUUAAACAAAUCAAAAUGCAUCUUGUAUUUGAGAUUCUUCAUAUAGCUACGCUUUGCCUUGACAGCUUUGCACACUCUUGGCAUUCUCUCAACCAGCUUCACCUGGAAUGCUUUUCCAACAGUCUUGGAGUUCCCACAUAUGCUGAGCACUUGUUGGCUGCUUUUCCUUCACUCUGCGGUCCGACUCAUCCCAAACCAUCUCAGUUGGGUUGAGGUGAGGUGAUUGUGGAGGCCAGGUCAUCUGAUGCAGCACUCCGUCACUCUCAUUAUUGAUAAAAUAGCCCUUACACACCCUGGAGGUGUGUUAGGUCAUUGUUCUGUUGAAAAACGAAUGAUAGUCCCACUAAGCCCAAAUCAGAUGGGGUGGCGUAUCGCUGUGGUAGCCACACUGGUUAAGUGUGCCUUGAUUUCGAAAUAAAAUCACAGACAUUGUCAACAGCAAAGCACCCCCACACCAUAACACCUACAUGCUUUACGGUGGGAAAUACACAUGCGGAGAUCAUCCGUUAACCCACACCCCGUCUCACAAAGACACAGUGGUUGGAACCAAAAAUCUCCAAUUUGGACUCCAGACCAAAGGACAAAUUUCCACCGGUCUAAUGUCCGUUGCUUGUGUUUCUUGGCCCAAGCCGGUCUCCUCUUCUUAUUGGUGUCCUUUAGCAGUGGAUUCUUUGCAGCAAUUUGACCAUGAAGGCCUGAUUCGCACAGUCUCCUCUGAACAGUUGAUGUGCCUGUUAAUUGAACUAUGAAGCAUUUAUUUGGGCUGCAAUUUCUGAGGCUGGUAAACUCUAAUGAACUUGUCCUCUUCAGCAGAGUUAACACUGGGUCUUCCAUUCCUCUGGCGGUCCUCAUGAGAGUUUCAUCAUAGCGCUUGAUGGUUUUUGCGACUGCACUUGGAAGAAACUUUAAAAGUUCUUGGAAUUUUCAUUAUUGACUAACCAUGUCUUAAAGUAACGAUGGACUGUAAUUUCUCUUUGCUUAUUUGAGCUAUUCUUGCCAUUUAUAUGGAUUGGUCUUUUACCAAGUAGGGCUAUCUUCUGUAUACCACCUCUACCUUGUCACAACACAACUGAUUGGCUCAAACACAUUAAGAAAUAAAUCUAUUCCACAAAUUAACUUUUAACCAAAGCUGUCUUCAAGGCAAAUGGUGGCUAUUUGAAGAAUCGGAAAUAGAUCAAAUAUAUUUUGAUUUGGUACAACACUUUCUUUUGGUUGCUAAAUUAUUCCUAGUGGUUAGAGCGUUGGACUAGUAACCGGAAGGUUGCAAGUUCAAACCCCCGAGCUGACAAGGUACAAAUCUGUCGUUCUGCCCCUGAACAGGCAGUUAACCCACUGUUCCUAGGCCGUCAUUGAAAAUAAGAAUUUGUUCUUAACUGACUUGCCUAGUUAAAUAAAGGUAAAAUAAAAAAAUCCAUAUGUGUUAUUUCAUAGUUUUGAUGUCUUCACUAAUAUUCUACAAUUUAUAUUUUUUUAACCUUUUUAUUUAACCAGGCAAGUCAGUUAAGAACACAUUCUUAUUUUCAAUGACUGCCUGGGAACAGUGGGUUAACUGCCUGUUCAGGGGCAGAACGACAGAUUUGUACCUUGUCAGCUCGGGGGUUUGAACUUGCAACCUUCAAAUCAAAUUUUAUUUGUCACAUACACAUGGUUAGCAGAUGUUAAUGCGAGUGUAGCGAAAUCCGGUUACUAGUCCAACGCUCUAACCACUAGGCUACGCUGCCGCCCCAAUGUAGAAAAUAGCAAAAAAUUAAGAAAACCCCUUGAAUGAGUUGGCGUUUAUAAAACUUUUGACCGUUAGUGUAUAUAGCUUACUAUUUAGCUGAGACUUGGAGGCAGGGUGCUUAUUACACUCUGACAUGAGAUGCCAGUUCAAAUGGACCGAUAGUUUGGUGACACCGUCAGUACUGCCACCCCUAACAAGGUAAAUUGUCUUAAGCACUGUUGUGGUCCACGAGGAAACAAGACCAGUGAGUGGGACAUGGCAGGGGUUGUUCUUCUACUGCAGGGCACUUCUGGUACUGUAGAAUGGUAUCGUACAGUUUGUGCUGUAGCCAACUCUUCUCGUCAUGUAUGGCAUUGGCAUGGCUAGAAGAGUUGCUUAUACACUCCAUACAGUAUGGGACCAGGUCACACACUUAGCCUAUUCUACCACUGUGUAAAUGGAUAGAAUGUAAUAUUGACCAUGUGAGCCGCCCCUAAAGCAAAUAAAUGCUUGUGGUACGACUGAAAUCUUGACAUUCUUGAGUUAAAAAGAACAUGUUGCCCCACGUUCUUGAAGCGAGUGUUUUUGAUUUUGGUUCAACUUAGCUCAACUUGCAGUUAUUUCUGAAAUUGAAGCAAACUUUGCAAAGGUAGAAACCAGUGGAGGCUGCUGAGGGGAGGACGGCUCAAUAAUGGCCGGAAUGGAGUGAAUGUUAUCAAACACAUUCAUGUGUUUUGAUUCCAUUCACUGCAUUCUAACCAUUAUCGUCCUCCCCUCAGCAGCCUCCACUGGUGGAAGCACCCACUAUAAGGCCUAUUGUAUAAAUCACAUAGAAACCUCCUAUCUUCAUGGGAUUUAAGUUGCGGAUGAUUUGUGUUUCCUAGUACUCCUCCCACAAAGUUGUUGAAUGAAAGAAGGUUGAGAAAUAAGAAUAUAUACUUUCAUCUUAGGUAGGUUUGCCGUUUGCACGAGUAACAAUACCAAUGUAGAAAGUUAAUCAUAGUUGUUAUACACCAUCUUUGUACUGUCUAUGAUGUCAAAUGUCUUGUGACAUUAAGAUGAAAUGCUUGACCUAUAUGUUCAUUCAUAGAUCUUUGUUAGGUAGAACUGGUUGUUGCAUACCUUGUAUGAAAAAUCUGCCAUGACUUUCUCCUACUCAUAACACAAAAUGGUUGGUGUGCAUUUGCAAAUUAAACUUUGUGAUAGUUGGGUUGUUAAGCUGAGAGCAAAAUUACCAAAAACAGAACACCUCUUUGUCAGUCACUGUGGGAAAAAAAAUAUUGUUUCCAGUUGCACAUAGUGUCUGAUCUUGCUUCAGUGGCCCCUACUGGUAUAAGGUAACUCUUGCUCAGUCAUGAUACAGUGUCUUCAGAAAGCAAUCAUACCUCUUGACUUCUUACACAUUUUGUUGUGUUACAGCCUCAAUUCAAAAUGUAUUAAAUAUAUAUUUCUCACCCAUCUACAGACAAUACCUCAUAAAUGACAAAGUGAAAAAAUGUUUUUGCAAAUGUAUUGAAAAUUAAAUACAGAAAUAUAUAAUUUCCGUAAGUAUUCACACCCCUUUAGUCAAUACAUGUUAGAAUCACUUUGCAGCGAUUACAGCUAAGUGCUUUGCACACCAGGAUUGAACAUUUAUCUGUACUUUUGUUUUUUAUUCUUCAAGCUCUGUCAAGUUGGUUGUUGCUAGACAGCCAUUUUCAAGUCUUGUCAUAGAUCUUCAAGCCAACAUUAAGUCAACUGUAACUAGGCCACUCAGGAAUAUUCAAUGUUGUCUUUGGCCUUGUUUUUUAGGUUAUUGUUCUGCUGAAAGGUGAAUGUGUCUCCCAGUGUCUGUUGGAAAGCAGACUGAACCAGGUUUUCCUCUAGGAUUUUGCCUUUGCUUAGCUUUUUAAAACAUUUUAAUCCAAAAAAACUCCCUAGGCGUUGCCAAUGACAAGCAGACCCAUAACAUGAUGCAGCCACCGCCAUGCUUGAAUAUAUGAAGAGUGGUACUCUGUGAUGUGCUGUUUGAUUUGCCCCAAAUAUAACGCUUUGUAUUCAGGACAUAAAGUUGAUUUCUUUGCCAAAGUUCUUGCAGUUUUUAUUCAGUGCCUUAUUGCAAACAGGAUGCAUGUUCUGGAAUAUUUUUAUUCUGUACAGGCUUUCUUCUUUUCACUCUGUCAUUUAGGUUAGUAUUGUGGAGUAACUACGAUGUUGUUGAUCCAUCCUCAGUUUUCUAUCACAGCCUUUAAACUCUGGUUUAUCAAUGGUGUAUUUAAAACUAUGUAAUUAAUAACUUCACCAUGCUCAAAGGAA